AUGUCUCAACAACUCCAAGCCAUUAUUUGUCCAUCAAUUCUUAGUGCUGACUUUGCCACUCUCGCUGCCGAUUCCAAUCAAAUGUUAGAUUUCGGAGCCGAUUGGUUACACGUUGAUGUGAUGGAUGGUCAUUUUGUUAAUAAUAUUACUAUCGGAGCACCAGUAGUUAAAUCAUUGAGAAAACAUACCAAGGGAUUUUUGGAUUGCCACUUGAUGGUUUCUCAUCCAAGUAAAUGGAUUCAUGAUUUUAUUGAAGCAGGAGCUGAUAAUAUUACUUUCCAUUACGAAUCGGAAAAUGGUGAUUUGGAAUCUACAUUAAAAGUUAUGAAUUUAAUUAAAGAAGAAAAUGAAAAACAAGGAAAACAAUGCAAAACUUCAAUUACUAUCAAACCAAAGACUCCAGUUGAUGUUUUAUUCCCUAUUUUGGAUAAUCAUACUGAAUCCAUUUAUAUGAUUUUAAUUAUGAGUGUUGAACCUGGAUUUGGUGGACAAUCUUUUAUGGCUGAUCAAAUGGAAAAAGUCAAGAUUUUACGUGAAAAGUAUCCACAUUUGAAUAUUCAAGUUGAUGGUGGUGUUACUGAAACAACCAUUGUUCCAGCAGCUGAAGCAGGAGCUAACGUUGUUGUUUCUGGUUCUGCAAUUUUCAAAUCUCCUCAACCUCAACAAACCAUCAAGGUUAUGAGAGAAGCCAUUCAAAAGAAUUUGUAA